UGGCACGUCAUUCCCUUUGACCCAGGAUCUCUCAGGGAGCUAAAAAUGCUUUUCUCACUCUUUUUAAAAAAUUGGUUUAGCUUCUUACAAAAUUAAAAAUGAGUGUUAAAAAUAUUUUUUCUUCUACUUUGCCCUCAACACUCUCUUCUGUUUACUCCAUUAUUGCUUCAACUUUGGGAAUUACUAUUGCCACAUACUUUGUUGUCAAUCUCUCCUGAGUUUCCUCUUAUACAAGCUGUGACAAUAAAAUCCAGUAGCCACACUGGCGAAGUCAGACAUCCUCCUCUGAGAAGCUGCAGCAAUGAAGGCCCUAUCGCUCACUCUCCUCUUCCUCCUCAUUGCAGCCAAUGAAGCCAAAGUAUUUACCAAAUGUGAACUGGCUUCACGUCUGAAAAAUGAGGGCAUGGAUGGAUAUCAUGACUACAAAUUGGACAACUGGAUCUGUAUGGCCUAUCAUGAGAGCAGAUACAACACCCGAGCUGUGGGACCACCAAACUCGGAUGGCAGUCGCGACUAUGGGAUUUUCCAGAUAAACAGCCGCUGGUGGUGCAAUAAUACCCAGGGCCCUACAGCUAAUGGCUGUGAUACGGCUUGCACUGCUUUCACAACUGAUGACAUCACAGAUGAUAUUAUUUGUGCUAAGAGAAUUGUGCGUGAUCCCCAAAAAAUGGAUGCCUGGGUUGCCUGGAGGAACCACUGCAAAGGAAGAGAUCUGUCAGAAUGGACUCGUGACUGCCGGCUCUGAGAUGGAUGAUCCUGCAUUUCUCUUCUGUAUUUCUCUUCCUCCUCCUGUGAUGAAAAUGAUACUACUUCUUAUACCGUAUAACCAAUCUUUCACAAUUCAAUGUGAUGCGUGUACCCCAGAAGUUGGGAAGAACAAGUUUCUUUGCAUACAAAUGAUGAUUUUAAAUCUCUUUUAAACUCUUCAAAUAUUGCUUGAAAAUGUUCAAUAAAAUGAAUAUUCUGCA